CCAUAAUUUUUUUUAUAAACAAAGUUGGUUAGAGCUAACCUAGUACGCCGGCCGGCGAUCAACUCCACUGAUGUUUCUUCUCUUAAACGAAACAGUUUUAUCUAAGACAUAAUAUAGAUAUUAAUCAAAAGACAAUGCAGUAAUUUAUCUAAAAUAACAAGUUACUAGGUCACGUGAAAACUACAGGUCUCCAUUAUCUAUUUUUCAGUUUCUUGCUUGCUUGCUCAGUGGCUCACAGUCAUCAAGGUACGCCGGCCACCAACACUAAGGGUGCUUAUUCUCUUAAGCGAAACAGUUUUCCGGCAGAUUUUGUGUUUGGGACUGCAUCGUCAGCCUAUCAGUAUGAAGGUGCUGCAUCUGAAGAUGGUAAAGGACCUAGCAUAUGGGAUACCUUCACUCGGAGAUAUCCAGGGGCGAUCAAGGACAACAGUAGUGGAAAGAUUGCAGACGACUCAUAUCAUAGGUACAAGGAAGAUGUGGCUCUAAUGAAAGGAUUAGGUUUUGAUGCUUAUAGAUUUUCUAUCUCCUGGCCUAGAAUUUUGCCUUUUGGUCAUGUUAGUGGAGGAAUAAAUCAAAAGGGUAUUGAUUACUACAACAAUCUCAUCAAUGAACUCUUGUCAAAUGGAAUCAAACCUUUUGUGACUCUAUUCCACUGGGAUGUUCCACAAGCCCUUGAAGAUGAAUAUGAUAGUUUUUUAAGCCCCAAAAUUGUCAAAGACUUUAGAGACUACGCAGAAUUAUGCUUUAGCAAAUUCGGAGAUAGGGUUAAGCACUGGAUUACGUUAAAUGAGCCACUAUCCUAUGCUGGUACUGUAUAUGUAGUUGGUAGAUGUUCAAAGUCCUUCUCUACAAACUGCAGCGGAGGUGAUUCCAGUACUGACCCAUACACAGUUGGCCACUACCAGCUUCUUGCUCAUGCUGCUGCAGUUGAAGUCUACAGAAAAAAGUUCCAGAAGUCUCAAAAAGGCCAAAUUGGGAUUACCUUGAAUGCCGGUUGGUUUGUGCCCUUCACCGAGUCAAGUAAUGACCAUAAAGCAGCAUCUAGAGCCAUUGCUUUUCAAUAUGAUUGGUUUAUGGAACCACUAAAGUCCGGUUCAUACCCUAUUGAUAUGGUUAAGCUUGUGGGAAAACGAUUGCCAACCUUCUCUGAAAAGGAAGCUUCAUUGGUUGAGGGAUCUUUUGAUUUCAUUGGAGUAAACUACUACACUGCAAAUUAUGCAAAGGAUGUUCCUUGCAAAAACAACAGCUUCAGCUACUUAACAGACUCUUGUGUCAAUGUUUCAUCCUGUAGAAAUGGGGUUCCAAUUGGCAAUAAGAGUGGGUCAAGUUGGCUUUAUGUUUACCCAAGAGGGAUUCAAGAUCUUCUGCUCUAUACCAAGUACAAGUUUGAUGAUCCUGUCAUCUACAUAACUGAGAAUGGAGUUAGUGAGUUGAAUACUGGUUCGGUUUCUCUAGAGGAUAACCUUAGGGUAGAUUACUACCGUGAGCAUUUGUCUUACCUUGAAAAUGCAAUGGCAAUUGGCGUCAAUGUUAAGGGAUUCUUUGCAUGGUCAUUAUUGGACAAUUUUGAAUGGAAUUAUGGUUAUACAGUUCGAUUCGGUUUGAUAUUUAUAGACUACAAGGAUGGAUUGAAAAGGCAUCCAAAAAAAUCAGCAAAUUGGUUCAAAGACUUUCUUGCUCCUGGGAAUCACACAGCAUAGGAUGAGGAACUUUGAAGCUUUAGUUCAAGGAAACUUGCAAUUUAAAUUGCAACUCUGUUUUCUAUCAAGUGUAGUUGUUUGUAACUCAAACUUUUAUCCUUUAUAUGUUUCAAGUCUGA